CUACUGGGAGGUGACAUCCAGCUCAGGUGGUGGAUUUUUAAGGGUUGCACCUGAAAGUUCUCCCCUCUUGUAUUUUUUGAUUGGGAGGGCUGGGGGAGGGGAGAGGUGAAAACAUCAGUCAGUGGGUCCUCUCCUCUGACCACUGGAAUGCUACACCUGGACUGAUGGACGUUUCGGAACCUUGCAUCCCAGACCCUCUCAACUAUCAUAACCAGCUGCUAGGUAGAAUGGCUGCCAACGACCGCCACCUGCCCCCAAGCUACGGGUCCUACAUCAAGGCUGAGCCGUCCAGCCCGUCCUCAGCCGACACAGCCAGUCACCCCAGCCCCGGCGGCAACUCCGACACCAGCGCCGGGUACGGCAGCGCCGCCAAUGGCCACUCCAACGGGCUGGACUCCCCGCCGGUGUUUGUGACCGGCGGGCCGGCAGGGGGCGGGGCCUGCCUGAAGCGCUAUGGCGACUGCGCUGGCGUGUUCGGGGAGGAGUCACAUGCUGAGCGCGGGUACAUGCUGACCUCCAUCCCCAAGAGGCUGUGCCUGGUGUGCGGGGACGUGGCAUCAGGCUACCACUACGGCGUGGCCUCCUGUGAAGCCUGCAAGGCCUUCUUCAAGAGGACAAUACAAGGCAACAUCGAGUACAGCUGUCCGGCCACUAGUGAGUGCGAGAUCACCAAACGGAGACGCAAGUCCUGCCAGGCCUGCCGCUUCACCAAGUGUCUGAAAGUGGGGAUGCUGAAGGAAGGGGUGCGUCUGGACCGGGUGCGAGGUGGCAGACAGAAGUACAAGAGGAGGAUGGAUGCAGAAAGCAGCAACUACCUGGGCAUCACGCUUACCCCACCUGCCAAAAAGCCAGUGACAAAGAUUGUGUCCCACCUCCUGGUCGCAGAGCCGGAGAAGAUCUACGCCAUGCCAGACCCCUCCCUUCCCGAGGGUGACAUCAAGGCCCUGACUACGCUGUGUGACCUGGCUGACCGCGAGCUGGUGGUUAUCAUUGGCUGGGCCAAGCACAUCCCAGGCUUCUCCAACCUGACGCUGGGAGACCAGAUGAGCCUCCUGCAGAGUGCAUGGAUGGAGAUCCUGGUCCUGAGCAUCGUGUUCCGCUCGCUGCCCUACGAGGAUGAGCUGGUCUACGCCGAGGACUACGUGAUGGACGAGGAGCACUCGCGCCUCACGGGCUUGCUGGACCUGUACGCCUCCAUCCUGCACCUGGUCCGCAGGUACAAGAAGCUCCGCGUGGAGAAGGAGGAGUUCGUCACGCUCAAAGCUAUCGCCCUCACCAACUCAGACUCCAUGCACAUAGAGGAUGUGGAGGCUGUUCAGAAGCUCCAGGACUCUCUCCACGAGGCCCUGCAGGAAUACGAGGGUGGCCAGCACCAGGAGGACCCGCGGCGAGCGGGCAAGCUGCUCAUGACCCUCCCCCUGCUGCGGCAGACGGCUGCCAAGGCCGUGCAGCACUUCUACAGCAUCAAGGCCCAGGGAAAGGUGCCCAUGCAUAAACUCUUCCUGGAGAUGCUGGAGGCCAAGGUCUGA